AUGGAACGGAGACACCAAGCUUUCCUCAUCGCUCGCGUACGCCCCCACGGCGCUCCGGCCGGCCACCCUGGCAAUCGCCGCUGCAUAGCUGCCAUCCACCACGAAUGGUGCUAUGGCUCCCUCCCUCUCACCGCUACCCGCCGCUUCAUCGACCUCGUUCGCCAACCCAUGAAUGCGGCUGCCGUGCUCUCUGAGAUCCGCAGCCUGGAAGGCAAGUACGGCCCUUUCGGUAACAGAGAGCCCACAAUUCCCGAAAUCCCAUGCCCAUACACGACCUCUCUGUUCGCCACCGCCUGGACGACCAACCUCGAGCCAGAUGACAGGGGCCGCACCUAUUCCACCGGGUUCAUCCCUCUCGAAGCCUACACGGGAUGCUGGGAUGACGAAAACAACGAAGGUAUCACUGUCAUCGACGUUACCGAUCCCAACAAUCCAGAUCAUUGUUUUAUGAGGCAUGAAGCAGUUCUUGAUGCCUAUGGGUAUCUCGGCUGCUACGCGGACGACGUCACUGACGAGAAGCCCAAGCCCGGCUCAGACGUCAAUGUAUUGCGGGCAUUACACAAGGUGCCACUCAUCCCAUGCGACCAUCUGCGGGAGGCAUGGCCGCGCGAACGCUUCUCGGACCCUCCUGCCUCGCGAGACCAGGUUGCGGGAAACGUUCCACCGUCUGAGUCCGGUGCUGGUGACUCACACACUCUCGCCGCGCGCAAAGCGGUGGAAACCGGGUGUAUCGAUGACCUCGUUCAGCUUAGUCGUCUUCCAGACGGGGCUCGGCACGUCAAGGACGCCAUCGGCGGGUUUGUUCCCUACCCAGGCAACGCUAUGGACCUUCUCGAAGAGGUCUUGCGGGAGACGCACGGGAAGCACCCGAACUUCGUCGACUUGUCUGGCAUCCAGCUCUCUCGCGAGCAAAUUCUCCGGGUGCUCUCUGACACGGAGGUCAACUGGCUGGAUCUCUCUAACAACGCUGUCAUCGUCGCAGACGACAUCGUCCCAAUCCUCGCCGCCGCGCCCCGCACUCGGGUGCUCAACCUCAUCGGCUGCUCGUCUGUCGAAGACGCCCCCCUUCUCUCCCUCGUCCGCGACUAUCCUCCAGAGCUGAAGACCCUCGAGGGCAUUCUCCAUCCAGCCCUCCUCGACAUCCGGAGGCCGCGGCCGAACGCGAACACGCCACGCCCCUCCGCGUUCACCCUCAUCGACGUGUGCACGAUGGGAAAACACUGCGCACACGCGUUCUCCUCCCUCGCGCUCUUCACUCCGGCGCAGGUCGUGCAGUUCCUCUCGGACCUGCUCCCGGUGUUCUCGGUCAAAACCGGGGCGCUCGGCAGGAUGUUCGCCUUCACGAUGGGCCAGGACCACACCGCGCCGGCAGCCAUGCAGGGCGGCGCGCGGCGCGGCCCCGACGAGCCCUGGCGCGCGCGCACCGUCGUGAACGUGCCGCUCGAGACGAGCGGGGUACCCCGCGACACGAAGGCGCUCUGGGUGUUCUACUUCCACCCGGGUGCCGGCUGGGCGUUCCUCCGUCUGACGCCGCGUGGGGGCGGCGGAAGGACGGCCGCUGCCGACGAGGCCGCGGUCGAGCGGCUGCAGGGCCUGCUUGAUGUGAAGGACGGUGACCGCGCUAUGUUCCCGUUCCUGCCGAAUCUGAGCGUGGACAAGCUCGAGAAUCAGAGAGAUCGCAGGAACAGGUUCUUUUGGGGAUAG